GGUUUGACGCCUAGCGGGGCCCAUGCAUCAACUAUCCGAUCCAGAGAAUAAGAUCCAAGAACAAGUAGUAACGUUAAUCCAUCAAUUGUUAUUUGAUCGUCUUCAAAAAUUCGUUGCUGAAGAUUUGGGUGACCCUAUUCCGUGGAUGUUUCUGGAUGGCAUAACUCGGCGUAACAUGAGAAGACAUUUACAAAAGGCGUGCACCUUAUUGGUUAAAAAUUCUGGUUCAAUGAGUCAUCGCAUAGUAGACAUACUGAGUACGUACUUUGGCGUCGUGGAUGACGAGCGCGACUUGCAAUGUUUAGUUCUGCUCACGAGUCUAGCUCGGCACGUAGACUACUCCAACAUUGGGUUUGCUCUCGACUAUUACUACAAACUUGCGGAUGACGACAAG